UGCCUGGGCACUGAAAAGGUCCUUUUGUAUGUUUGAGUGGUGAGUGGUGAGUCCCUCUUUGUGUUAGCGCUGAGUGGGCAGCAUUACUGUGCAUGGAAAAUGAGAGGCCUUUCGGGCAAAUGAGGGCUUUGUACCUGUUGUGGGGAUUUAGGUCUUCUCUAUAGGGCAGGUUUGUGGGUUUUAAGCUGGGAAGAAGAGAGUAAGAUCAAUACUGAGGUAGAAUCUGUGCUGUGAUAAACCCAGUGCCAGGCUACUUUGGGCAAUAAGACAGAUAUUUGUUGGAAGUCAUCAUCAGAUCAUGUCUGAGCUUUCAUGAUUUUUUUCUUAGGAACAGUGGAGGUCUGAAAGUUCUAUUUCCCUGUUUCCUGUGGCAGGAAAUCAGACAGGCCUAUUUUAUUGUGUGUGUGGCAUGUUGUCCCCCCCAGAAGUGGGCAAGGAUCUCCUGCCUCACGGGUCUAAACCAGAGAUUUACCAGUUCCUGCCCUAGACUUGACAUAUUUGUUUUCUUUGCCAGGCGACAGUAAACACAAGUGUGCAGGAACAAUUUGCCAUGGAAGCCAAGGAGAUUGAGAGCCCCACACCCACUGACCAUCUCCUCCCUGGUACCACCCAGCCCAGGGUGGAAGAAGAUGUCAACUUGCCACCUGAAGGGUCCCCAGAAACUAUGCAGCUAAAGAAGGAGAUCUCUCUGCUGAAUGGGGUUAGCCUGGUGGUGGGCAACAUGAUUGGCUCAGGAAUUUUUGUCUCUCCCAAGGGGGUGCUGCAACACACUGCCUCCUAUGGGUUGUCACUGGUGGUGUGGGCCGUUGGUGGACUCUUCUCUGUUGUGGGUGCCCUUUGUUAUGCGGAGCUGGGGACCACCAUCACCAAGUCAGGGGCGAGCUAUGCUUAUAUUCUAGAAGCCUUUGGGGGCUUCAUUGCCUUCAUCCGCCUGUGGGCCUCCCUGCUAAUUGUGGAGCCUACCAGUCAGGCCAUCAUUGCUAUCACCUUCGCCAACUACAUCAUCCAGCCCUCCUUCCCCACCUGUCAUUCCCCAUACCUGGCCUGCCGUCUCCUCGCUGCUGCCUGUGUAUGUCUGCUGACAUUUGUGAACUGUGCCUACGUCAAGUGGGGCACUCGAGUACAGGACAUGUUCACGUAUGCCAAGGUCCUAGCGCUCAUUGCCAUCAUUAUCAUGGGCCUUGUUAAACUGUGCCAGGGACACUCUGAACACUUUCAAAACACCUUUGAGGGUUCCUUCUGGAAUGUGGGAAACCUCUCUCUUUCCCUGUACUCUGCCCUCUUCUCUUACUCAGGUUGGGACACCCUUAAUUUUGUAACAGAAGAAAUCAAAAACCCAGAAAGAAACUUGCCCUUGGCUAUUGGGAUCUCUAUGCCAAUUGUGACGCUGAUCUACAUCCUGACCAAUGUGGCCUAUUACACAGUGCUGAGCAUUUCGGAGAUCCUUGACAGCAACGCAGUAGCUGUGACAUUUGCUGACCAGACAUUUAGCAAGUUCAGUUGGAUCAUCCCCAUUGCUGUUGCACUGUCUUGCUUUGGGGGCCUCAACGCGUCUAUCUUUGCUUCAUCAAGGUUGUACUUUGUGGGCUCCCGAGAGGGCCAUCUCCCAGACCUUCUGUCCAUGAUCCACGUUGAGCGUUUUACACCCAUCCCUGCUUUAUUGUUCAAUUGCACUAUGACGCUCAUCUACCUCAUUGUGGAGGAUGUUUCCCUGCUCAUCAACUACUUCAGCUUCAGCUACUGGUUCUUUGUGGGCCUCUCUGUUGUCGGACAGCUCUAUCUUCGCUGGAAGGAGCCUGAACGGUCCCGACCUCUCAAGCUGAGCCUCUUUUUUCCCAUCCUGUUCUGCAUAUGCUCCACGUUUCUGGUGAUUGUGCCUCUCUUCAGUGAUAGCAUCAAUUCCCUGAUUGGCAUUGGAAUCACCCUCUCCGGGGUUCCUGUCUACUUCAUGGGUGUUUACCUGCCAGAGUCCCAGAGGCCACUCUUUGUUCGGAAAGUCCUAGCUACUAUCACCAGAGUUACCCAACUCCUUUGCUUUUGCGUCCUGACUGAGCUAGAUGUAGCUCAAGAAAAAAAGGUUGAGAGGAAAACUGACUAGAAACCAGAGGUGACAUCCCCCAAGAUCCGGAAGGCUGACCACUUGCGGCCAUGGCCAUCAAAGUCCAGAUACCUGAAUUAAAGGAGCUUGUUGACACAUUCUGUAAGGGGGCUCAGGGCCAGGGCUUACUUACCAUAAGCUAUGGGAGGAUCCUCAGGGUUGGGACCAGCCUGAAGGUGGGGAUCUCAGGAAGGAGGGGAGGGUGGGGAGCAGGGGAAUGUUAGUUUUCCUCCUGGUGGUUAGUGGCAAUCCUGACAAACACCUGGUAAAUGCAGUGGGGGAAGGAAUGCUAGGUUGAUAACUAGGGCUGGUGGCUCACAGCAGUUUGAAGUUUGAACCAGGAGUCUACACGGGCUACUUUUGGGGGAAGUUUUCCUUUGAUCAGGUCCAGCCACCUGACUUACAAUGCUAUAGUUUUUUUAACUGGCUCAAAAUUCUUCCCUGGAGAGAGGGUUGUAUGCCUUUGUUUUUUGGGGAGGAUGGAUAGCAAAGCUUUAUUUAACCAAUAUGGGAACAGUGUUUAUCCCAUUUCCUGAAAUUUGUAAGAGGAGUACCUGUCUUUGAACUUUACAAUCCAACAGUAGGCAUGAUGGGAGGAAAUCUUUUCAGGGUCUCAACAGUGUCCACUGAAGGUCCCUCUCAUCAAGGCUGACCUCUUGUGUGUUCAUAUGCUUAGAGGCACAGGAUUUCAUUGUGUACAGAUUAUCUAUCUCAUAGAGGAGGUCCUUCCUGCCUGAGUGGUUGGAUCAUUUUUGUACGUAAAGUCUUUAAGGAAGAAGGAAAGCUUCUGGCUCCGUAACGAGUUGGUCUUGGCCACUUGUUAUGCACCCUUUCGAGCUGGAACCUUGAUGCUUCAGUGGAGGCCAUGGUCCUGAAGCAGGCUGGGAAAAACCUCACUGUUCCAGCUGAGAAGCAGCUGGCCAUGCUAUGGCUGCCACCAAAUUCAAACUCUAUUCCAUUAUGUUAAUCCAGAACACCAAUUCUGUAAAACAUUAGUGUUCAUUUGAUUACAGGAUGCAAUAGGCUAUGUUUAAAAAUUCAGAGUACCCCAGACUUUCUGCCUCCAGACAUAAUUCUGACAAGAGAUUUUACACAAUCUUCUGUUCAGUCUUACCUGCAAACGAUUAAAAUCACAUACCUGUUACAUCAUUAGUAUAUAGAUCAACAUGUUACUAGCACCUGACUCAGGUCCAACAAGGACCAGUGAACAAAUUUAUGAGUCAGAAGUCUGGUAAUACUAUUUUGAAGGAUAAUCCUUUAUUUUAUUGAGAUGUUAGGUCUUUGUUCUAGUUGAUAGCAAGUAAAUCUCUGGGUUUCUGAUAGGAACAUUAAAAGUGCUGUACUGUUCUGGAAUUCAGGUGAAUCACCUGAAAUUUACCAGCUGUCAGUGAGUUUGAAGAACCUCUCACUGACCCAAGUCAUCACAUACUUGUUCCUCUCUGUAAGGGCAGGUGUGAGGGACUGCUGUGCAGACCCAAGCAAGCCCACCCUGGUGCUGGAAGUAGUUAUUUUCUUUUCUGAAAAAACCCAUGCCAGGCUGUAUCCUCUCUUCUGUCCUGGGUACCAGGCUUUGUUUACGCUCCUAGCUACUCCUAGCUGCCUUGGUGUGAAUUAUGGGAGUAGUGUACUUCUCUUCUGCUGACCUUCCCUUGCCAGAGGGCUGAUGGAGCUGUAGUCUCAGGAAGAGCUUGGUACUUGUGGGACUUCUGUUUUCUCCCCAUGGAUAACAGUGAACACUCCAGGAGAAAGACUGCUUCAACCUCAUUAUGGAUGCUCAGCUGACUAUAAGAAUGGAAGCAAAUACUUUUGGUGGUCAAGUUGGGCCACCAGGUCAGGUCAGAGCAAUGUUUGGCCUACAUGGAUCUUUUCAUGGGCAGCAUAGCUGCACUGGCUUGUACAACAGUCCAUUUUGGACCCAGAAGAACCUGCUGGCUUAGUAAUUAGCACACUCCAUGGACAACUUGUCCUUAAUUUUUGGAAUUGGUCAAUAGUAAAGACAAGAACUAUGAGGUGAUCUCUUCUGACCAUUCUUCACCAAACUGGCUUGUCACAGAUAAGGAUGCAACCCUGGAUGUAAUAUUUGCUCAAUAAAGAUUUGGGGGAACACAAUCACAGUUGCCUUUGGUUCAGGGUGUGCAUCUGUGAGAACAUAAGAGGGAGAUUCCUACUCUCAUGGAUUUAGGAUUUGUGUAACAAAUUCUUGCCUGAUCACAAGGAGUCUUAUGCAAAGGCUGACUUGCCUAAACUAUACAAAUAAGAUUCUUUUCUGAGCCAAGUUGGCACCCAUCCCACGGCUCCUCUUAAGCUAAUCCUAUAAGCAGAAUGUGUUGGAUUUGAGGAUCCCUGACCCUGGCUGUAGCAUUCUCCACACGAUAAGCAGCUAAUCUCAGGAAUCUGCUGCCCCCCAGGGGCAGGGGCUUCUACAGUAGGAGAAACAAAAGGCCUCACUACAGGUGCUCCACACUUGUUUAGUGAGCCUGUCAUCUUCUCAUUACUGGAUGCUAACGGUGGAUAGACUUCUCCCAUGAACCCUUCUGUGGCAGGAAAGCCAGACUCCCUAAGGCACUCAAGCUUCUCCCUAAAGCAGAAUUAAUUCCCAUCAAGUCUUUUGUCUCCUUUAAUUGGUGUGCUAAUCAUCACUUUUGCUGUGGUACAGUUUGUAACUUUUUGCACUGAGCAGUUUGUGAAAUUGUUGGCCCCUCUAAUGUUGGCAGAACUCAUGAACAUAUAAAUAGUGGUCAGCAAAUUUACAAUGGCAGAGUAGUUUUUAAUCUUUUUUUUGGUACCGGGGAUUGAACUUGGGUUCUUGCGCUUGCAAAGCAGGUGGUGGAUCCACUGAGCUAAAUCCCCUGCCCUUUAAUCUUUGGUUUCUAAUGCCUACAAAAAAAGAGACUAAUAUGACUAGUAUUAGACAUUAAGUUACUUAUUUGCAACAGUGAAUUUUACCUUUGUGGAUACUCAGAAUUUGGCUAGGGCUGGGGAUUUAGCUCAGUGGUUCCGGAGCCUGCCUUGCAAGUGCAAGGACCCAAGUUUGAUCCCCAGUACCAAACAGAAUUUGGCUAACAACUCCAUGCAGAUAUGAACUAAUGUAGAUAAAGGCUUACAAAAUGUAGAUAAAAAAGAAUGGGUGGGGGUAAGACAGAGCAAUUCAGAAUCUUAAAGCGGUAGGAAGGGCUGGAGAUUUGGCUCAUUGGUUCCACCACCUGUCUCUCAAGUGUAAGGACCUGAGUUUGAUCCCUAUACCAAAAAAAAAAAAAGCUUCUCCCUGUAUAAUUUAUUUUCCCAUGUGACAGUGGGGGACAAAUUCUCGUAAGGGAAGAGCAUACCUCAAAUCAAAGGUUCUGCAUUGCUUCCCUGUGUUGUCCAAUAUAGUAGCUACCACCUACAUGUAGCUGAAUUAAAAUGAAGUAAAAGCUGGGCAUGGUGGAACACGCCUAUGAUUCCAGCACGCAGGAGGUUGAGGAAGGAGUAUCAUUACAAGUUCAAAGCUAGGCUGGUCUACAUAGUUUAAGAUCAGCCUAAACCAGGGAGAUCCUGUCUUAGAACAACAAAAAUUACUGUUUUAUCGUUGUACUAGUCAGACUGUAAAAGUUCCAUAGCUACAUGUAUCUAAUGGCUACUACUGCAUAGUGCAGAUAUAAUCCCUGUAGAAAGUUCUAUGAGAUACAAAUGGGGGAAGGGAUAAAAUAAAAUUUAUUAAAAAAAAAAAAAAAAAAGAAAGUUCUAUGGGAUAAUGUUACAUCAGUGAAAUUGUAACUCAGGAUAGCUAGGGUUUGCAAAGGAGUAGGGAGAAAACUUGCUGACUAAAGAGAUACAAAUUCUGGUAAGAAGACCGGUUCUGUUGAUAGUAUAGUCCACCUUCCAUAUCCAGGGACUCUGGAUUCCUGUACUGAAACAACUGUGGCUGGAAAAUACUUCGGGUGAAAACUGCAUCUAUACUACACAUGAACAGGUUUAUUUUUUUCUUGCCACUAUUCCCUAAACAAUAUGUAUAUAACAAUCACAUAGCAUUUAUAUUGUAUUAGGUUUUAUAAAUAAUCUGGAGAUGAUGACAGAGUAUGCAGAGGAUGUGCAAGGGUUCUGUGAAAAUGUCAUUUUAUACAAGGGACUUGAGAAUCUGUGGAUGUUGGUUUUCAUUCACAGGAGGUCAUGGAACCAAUCAUUUGAGGGAUGAUUAUGGUGAGUGAUAUGAAUAGUAAACAUUUUUUGACUUGAAAGCCAAGUGUAGGAUGUGCUUUCUUUUUCCUCCCCUAAGUCCUUACUAAGGUUAAUUCUGAAACUUCUACACUAACUGCCCCCCUUUUUUGUGGAGCUGAAGUAUAGUAGGAAAAUACCUAAGAUACUCAGAGUUAAAGAUUUUGAGCUGGAUGGUGGUACAUGCCUGAAAUUGCAGCACUUGGGAGGCUGAUGUAGGAUCUGCCCGAGUUGGAGGCCAGCCUGAACUACAUAGUGAGACCCCAUCUCAAGAAGCCAGAGAAACAAAGUUUUGAAGGCAUUGGCCUGUUUCCAUGUUCAAAAAUAGCUUUAUUAAACAGAGAAACACAUUCAUGCAUACUAUUUCUUGGCCCCAUGCCAAAAGAAGAAUCUUUACAACCAUUUUCAGAGUACAAGGCCAGGAGGCAAGAUAGCUAUUAAUACCUCGCACAGCUCAGAUAGAUUCUAUUUCCUGUUCUGUUUUUUUUUUUUUUUUUUUUUUUUU